AUGUCAGCACCCUGCCUACAGCCCUCAAAGCCCCUCCACUUCCCCCCAGAGGCCUUCCCGCACAGUCUGGAGAGGCAGCCAAAGCACAUGGGUUCCCACUGUGCCAAGCUAGGCACAGGCCACAGCCGGGGCCAUGAAUCCUCCAUGAAGAAGCUCGUGGCCUGCGUGAGUCAAGAUAACUUCUCCUUGUCCUCAGAGGGUGAGGAAGAAGAGGAGGGAGAAGAAGAGGAGGAGGAGGAGGAAGAUGAGGAGGAAGAGGAGCUCCCAGUACAGGGCAAGCUGCUGCUGAUGGAGCCUGAGAGGCAGGAGGAGGGCGCCGAAGAUGACCCUGUGGCCCAGCAGAGCCCCGAGCCCAAGCAGACGCACUCCUGA